AUGGCUGAGUACAGCAGCACAUUUGCUAUGGCCGCGGCGCGUAAGGCACAAGCUACCAGUAACAUGUUCGCACAUAUUGAAAAGGUUGUUUUAUGGAUCUUUGGGACGGAAAAGUGCGACUUAAAUAUGGGCAUAUCGUGGCUAGGAAAGCGCGAGCUCUGGGUCGUUUGUCUCGACAAGGUGAUACGAAUUUGCUGA